AAUGUACGAUGGAGUGUCUACUGUAGGUGCUGAAAAGAAGCUAAAGUACUUAAUACCCCCCUCAUUUGGGGUGGGUCAAGGAAGAUCAAAAAUGGGGACGUGUCUUUUAGUGGAGUAGAAUAUGACGCUGACUGACUGCACGAACGAACUGAAGGAACGCGUGAAUGAAUCAAACGGACGAAUGAAUGGACGCGAUGACUUCUUUUGAAAUAAAAUGAACGUCCGUUCCCUCAUUUUCUCUUCUUUUCUCCUCCUCCUCCCUCCCUUCUUCCCUUCUUUUCUUCACCACCUUUUACUCCCACGCCACCGACUCUCCUCUUCUUUUCUUCAGUCUGCUUCCUACUAUCGCUCCCUCUGCACUCCUUUAUACCGGCCUCAAGAUCUACGUUUAACAGGAACCAGAAGUAAUCGUUACCAAUGGUCCACCCCGAGGAACAUACCGUCGAUACCAUCCGUCGAUCCACAACCGCCCAUCCAGACGAUGUACUCAAAAAGAUUCUCGUCGCCAACCGUGGCGAGAUUGCCAUCCGCGUCUUCCGCUCCGCACACGAGCUGGCCAUGAAGACCGUGGCCCUGUUUUCGUACGAAGACAGACUCUCGAUGCAUCGCUAUAAGGCUGAUGAGGCAUAUCAGAUCGGAGAUCCAUCAAAGUUCACACCUGUAGGAGCAUAUCUUGCACAGGACGAAAUCAUUCGUAUUGCUAAGUUGCACGAUGUCUCCAUGAUCCAUCCCGGAUAUGGUUUCCUCAGUGAGAAUGCUAGCUUCGCCAAAAAGUGCGCUGACAACGGCAUCGCAUUUGUUGGGCCUGCUCCCCAUGUCAUUGAGGCUUUGGGUGACAAGACCAAAGCUCGCGACAUCGCCAUUGCCGCCGGUGUUCCAGUUGUCCCCGGUACUCCUGGGCCCAUCAGCUCGGUCAAAGACGCCGAGACGUUUGUCAAACAAUAUGGCUUCCCCGUCAUUAUCAAGGCCGCCAUGGGCGGUGGUGGACGUGGUAUGCGUGUUGUUCGUUCUCAGGCUGAUUUCGCAGAAGGAUUCGAGCGCGCGACUUCCGAGGCCAAGCAAGCCUUUGGCGAUGGCACCGUGUUUAUCGAGCGCUUCCUCGACAAGCCUCGUCAUAUUGAGGUCCAGCUGCUGGCCGAUGAGGCUGGCAAUGUCGUUCAUCUCUUUGAGCGUGAUUGCUCGGUUCAACGUCGCCACCAAAAGGUCGUUGAGAUCGCACCAGCCAAGUCGCUGACCCCUUCUGUAAGAGACGCCAUCUUGAACGACGCGAUCAAGUUGGCCAAGCAUGUCAAGUACAAGAACGCUGGUACUGCAGAGUUCUUGGUUGACCAGCAAGAUCGCCAUUAUUUUAUUGAGAUUAACCCCCGUAUUCAGGUCGAGCAUACCAUCACUGAGGAGAUUACUGGCAUUGAUAUUGUUGCUGCUCAGAUUCAGAUCGCUGCAGGUAUUCUUUUGCCCGAGCUAGGACUGACUCAGGACAAAAUUCAGAUCCGCGGUUUUGCCAUCCAAUGCCGUGUCACAACCGAAGAUCCAGCGCAAAAUUUCCAGCCCGAUACCGGCAGGAUUGAGGUGUACCGCUCGGCUGGCGGUAACGGAGUCCGUCUCGACGGUGGUCAAGGAUUUGUCGGUGCUGUGAUCACUCCUCACUACGACUCUUUGCUCGUCAAGGUGACCUGCUCGGCUGCCACCUAUGAGCUCGCCAGACGCAAGGUCGUCCGAGCUCUCGUGGAGUUCCGUAUCCGUGGUGUCAAGACCAAUAUUCCUUUCGUUCAGCGCCUUAUCACACACGAGACUUUCAUCCAGGGCAAGUGUUGGACAACCUUCAUCGAUGAUACUCCUGGCUUGUUCAACCUGGUCAAGCAGCUCAACCGUGCCCAGAAGCUGUUGGCCUAUCUCGGAGAUGUCGCCGUCAAUGGACCCAGCAUUGCUGGUCAGAUCGGAGAGCCUCUCUUGAAGAAGGAGCUGUUAAUCCCCAGUCUGUCCAGCAAGGAGGACUCGACGCAGGCUGUUGAUGUUGCAGUGCCCCCUACCACUGGAUGGCGUAAGGUCUUCUUGGAGAAGGGUGCUGAGGGCUUUGCCAAGGCCGUUCGUGCUUACCCCGGUGUUUUGAUCACUGAUACCACCUGGAGAGACGCUCACCAAAGUUUGCUUGCCACUCGUGUCCGCACCAUCGAUCUCCUCAACAUUGCACCGACGACCGCUCAUGCUCUUUCGAACGCCUACUCGCUCGAGAUGUGGGGAGGAGCGACAUUUGAUGUUGCCAUGCGCUUCUUGCACGAAGAUCCUUGGGACCGUCUGAUCCAGCUUCGCAAGCUAGUCCCCAACAUUCCUUUCCAAAUGCUGUUCCGUGGCGCCAACGCUGUUGGAUACACCAGUUAUCCCGACAACGUCAUCUUUGACUUCUGUGCCAAGGCCGUUCAGAGCGGAAUGGAUGUCUUCCGUAUCUUCGACAGCUUGAAUUACAUCGACAACAUGCGAUUGGGUAUCCAGGCCGUUAAAGCUGCCGGUGGUAUCGUCGAGGCCGCCGUCUGCUAUACCGGUGAUGUAUCGGAUCCCAAACGUACUAAGCACAACUUGGAGUACUACCUUAACUUUGUUCAGGAGUUGGUCAACGAGGGCAUUCACAUUUUGGCGAUCAAGGAUAUGGCGGGUCUUUUGAAGCCCACUGCCGCCACCAUUCUCGUUGGUGCUAUUCGUAAGCGCUUCCCUGACCUGCCCAUCCACAUGCACACGCACGACACUGCCGGUACCGGAGUUGCCUCCAUGUUGGCGGCAGCUGCGGCAGGCGCAGAUGUCAUUGACUUGGCGGUCGAUAUUAUGUCCGGAGUGACAUCCCAGCCGUCGAUGGGGGCUGUCGUUGCUGCGCUCGAACACACGGAGAUGGGUACUGGAAUUCGUCAGGAGGACGUAAUUGCUAUCAACAGCUACUGGGAGCAGGCUCGUCUGCUGUACUCUGGAUUCGAGGCCAACGUUCGCGCUGCAGACUCUGGUGUGUACCAGCACGAAAUGCCCGGCGGUCAGUACACUAACCUGAUGUUCCAGGCACAGCAGCUCGGAUUGGGCACUCAAUGGAACGAGAUCAAGAAGGCAUACAUAGAGGCCAACCAGCUGUGCGGCGAUAUUGUCAAGGUCACACCCUCGUCGAAGGUUGUCGGUGAUUUAGCGCAGUUCAUGGUGUCGAACUCUUUGAGCGGUGAAGAAGUGAAGGAGAAAGCCGCGUCUUUGAACUUCCCUACCAGUGUCGUCGAGUUCUUCCAGGGCUAUCUCGGCCAACCUUAUGGCGGAUUCCCUGAGCCUUUGCGCACGGCCAUCAUCCGUGGAAUGCCUCGCAUUGAGGGACGGCCUGGUGCCGACAUGGGCGAGUUUGAUCUGGCAGGUUUGAAGCAAGAGCUGAUGAAGAAAUAUGGCAAGACAAUCCGCGACGUCGAUGUGUCCUCAGCAGCUAUUUACCCUAAGGUCUUUGACGAAUACCGCGCGAAGGUCGAGGCAUACGGCGAUCUUUCAGUGCUGCCCACGCGCUAUUUCUUGAGCAAGCUCGAGGUUGGUGAGGAAGUCAAUGUGGAGAUCGAGAAGGGCAAGACGCUAAUCAUCAAGUUGUUGGCGGUUGGACCGAUCAAUGCUUCAUCGGGCAAGCGUGAUGUGUUCUUUGAGUUGAACGGAGAGGGUCGUAAUGUGAGUGUGCAGGACAAGAACGCGGCCGUUGAGCACACUGCACGCGAGAGAGCCAACCCAGGUAGCGUGGGCGAUAUUGGCGCACCAAUGUCGGGAGUUGUGGUCGAAAUCCGCGUGAAGCAGGGCACAGUUGUGAAGGAGGGCGAUCCAAUCUGUAUUCUGUCGGCAAUGAAGAUGGAGACAGUUGUGUCUGCACCAUGCUCUGGCAAGGUCGAGUACGUGCCGAUCAAGGAGAAUGACUCGUUGUCAAGCGGGGACCUCGUCGCUCGUAUUGUUCAUGGGUAAAAGAGCAAGGAAGGAGCACGCUCUCGGGGA